AAAACAACAAGUCAUCUUUCUAUGUUUUCUUCUCUCUUUGAAAAUAAUCAGAGAAAAAAAAACACUUGAGAGCUGAGUGAUCAUCAGGAGGUGUUAUGGAGAAAGUGAGAGAGAUAGUGAGAGAAGGGAUGAGAGUAGGGAAUGAAGACCCGAGAAGAAUAAUUCAUGCUUUCAAAGUGGGACUUGCUCUUGUUUUGGUCUCUUCCUUCUAUUAUUACCAACCGUUCGGUCCUUUCACCGAUUACUUCGGUAUCAAUGCAAUGUGGGCUGUCAUGACCGUCGUUGUUGUCUUUGAAUUCUCCGUAGGGGCUACACUUGGGAAAGGACUAAAUAGAGGAGUGGCAACAUUAGUAGCAGGGGGACUAGGAAUUGGAGCUCAUCGACUAGCAAGAUUGUCGGGUGCAACAGUGGAACCUAUUCUUUUGGUCAUGUUGGUCUUUGUGCAAGCUGCCUUGUCGACGUUUGUGAGGUUCUUCCCACGGGUGAAGACAAAAUUCGAUUAUGGGAUAUUGAUAUUCAUAUUGACGUUCGCGUUGAUAUCGUUGUCGGGGUUUAGAGACGAAGAGAUAAUGGAUUUGGCAGAAAGCAGACUUUCAACAGUGGUGAUUGGAGGAGUCAGUUGCGUCCUUAUCUCUAUCUUUGUCUGUCCUGUUUGGGCUGGACAAGAUCUUCAUUCUCUCCUUGCCUCUAACUUUGACACACUCUCCCAUUUCCUUCAAGAUUUUGGGGACGAAUAUUUUGAGGCGAGUGAAGAUGGGGACUACAAAGUGGUGGAGAAGAGGAAAAAGAAUCUUGGGAGAUAUAAAAGGGUUCUUGACUCCAAAAGCGAUGAAGAAGCUUUGGCUAAUUUCGCAGAAUGGGAACCGCCGCAUGGACAAUUUAGGUUUAGGCAUCCAUGGCAACAAUAUGUUGCCGUUGGCGCAUUACUCCGGCAGUGUGCCUACAGGAUUGAUGCCUUGAAUUCAUACAUCAACUCAGAUUUUCAGAUCCCAAUGGACAUAAAAAAGAAAUUAGGAACACCAUUAAGAAGAAUGAGCUCGGAGUCGGGAAAAUCAAUGAAAGAAAUGUCGAUUUCAUUAAAGAAAAUGAUAAAAUCAUCUUCUUCUGAUAUCCAUGUCUCAAACUCACAAUCUGCAUGCAAAGCUCUUUCUACUUUACUUAAAUCAGGCAUCUUGAACGAUGUUGAGCCUCUUCAAAUGAUUUCAUUGCUCACGACUGUCUCCCUACUCAUAGAUAUUGUUAAUUUAACUGAAAAAAUCUCAGAAUCCGUACAUGAGCUUGCAUCCGCUGCAAGAUUUAAGAACAAGAUGAGGCCGAUGGUGCUAUACGAGAAGUCGGAUUCUGGAAGAAUUGGUCGUGCCAUUCCAGUAGAAUCUCAUGAAGAUGAUCAUGUUGUCACAGUUUUACAUGACGUUGAUAAAUCAAACAAUGCUGAUAAUUCGCGUGGAGAGAGUUCACAGGACUCAUGUCAUCAUAUUGCCAUAAAGAUUGUUGAUGAUAAUUCAAACCAUGAAAAACAUGAAGAUGGUGAAAUACAUGUACAUACGAGCUUGUUAGAAGAUGUGACCAGGAAUGGCCGUCUUCACUAAGUAAUUCGUUCCUCAAACCUCAUUUUUUUGAGGCGGUACCCGCAAGAUUAUAGAGACGAGACCAUCGGUAUAUAACGUAUUCGGGUAUUUCAGAUUUGAAGUUUGUUAUAUAAGUACUACUGUAGCCUUUGAGCAUUUUUGAACUAUUGGUCACACAUUUAAUAAAGUCUUGGUUUUCGU